AUGUCCUCAACUACAUUCAACGAUAUUAUCGAUAGUGUUCUUCCGUACUUGACCAAAUGGUACACCAUUUUAAUUGGUGCUGGGUUAAUAUUCGUUUUAUCAACCAACCUUAAGAACGCUUACUACAGUUAUAAAUUGGGAUGUAAAAACCCAGUACACUUGAAAAGAGCUGGCUGGACCGGUAUACCAGCUUUGAUUGAUGCUAUUAAAGCUAAAAACUCUGGUAAAUUAGCUGAAUUUGGUGGUGAUACUUUUGAUGAACUCAACUCCAAAAAUUUCUAUUUGAAUGUUGCUGGUGUUUUGAAAAUUAUUUUCACUAUUGAACCAGAAAAUAUUAAAGCCGUUUUAGCUACUCAAUUCAAUGAUUUCUCCUUGGGUACCAGACACGCCCAUUUCUAUCCAUUAUUAGGUGACGGUAUUUUCACUUUAGAUGGUGAAGGUUGGAAACAUAGUAGAGCUAUGUUAAGACCACAAUUUGCUCGUGAACAAAUUGCUCAUGUCAAAUCUUUGGAACCUCAUAUUCAAAUCUUGGCCAAACAAAUCAAAUUAAACAAAGGUGAAACUUUUGACUUGCAAGAAUUGUUCUUCAGAUUUACCGUUGACACUGCUACUGAAUUCUUAUUUGGAGAAUCCGUCCACUCUUUAUAUGAUGAUAAAUUAGGUAUUCCUCCACCAAAUGAUAUCCCAGGUAGAGACAACUUUGCUACUGCUUUCAUUACUUCUCAACAUUACUUAGCCACCAGAUCAUAUUCACAAACCUUCUACUGGUUGACCAACAAUAAGGAAUUCAGAGACUGUAAUGCUAAAGUCCAUCACUUGGCCAAAUAUUUUGUUGACAAGGCCUUGAACUCCACUGAAGAAGAAAUCGAAGAAAAAUCUCAAGGUGGUUACGUUUUCCUUUAUGAAUUGGUUAAACAAACCAAGAAUCCAAAAGUUUUACAAGAUCAAUUAUUGAACAUUAUGGUUGCUGGAAGAGAUACUACUGCUGGGUUAUUGUCAUUUGCCAUGUUUGAAUUAGCCAGAAAUCCAAAAGUUUGGAACAAAUUGAGAGAAGAAAUUGAAGCCAAUUUUGGUGUUGGUGAAGAAGCUCGUGUUGAAGACAUUACUUUUGAAAACUUGAAGAAAUGUGAAUACUUGAAAGCUAUUUUGAACGAAACUUUAAGAUUAUACCCAUCAGUCCCAAUUAAUUUCAGAACUUCAACCAAAGACACUACUUUACCAACCGGUGGUGGUCCAAAUGGUACUUCUCCAAUUUUCGUUCCUAAAGGUUCUACUGUUGCUUACACUGUUUUCAAGACUCAUAGAUUAGAGGAAUAUUAUGGUAAAGAUUCUCAUGAUUUUAGACCAGACAGAUGGUUUGAACCUCUGACCAAGAAAUUGGGAUGGGCUUACUUGCCAUUCAAUGGUGGUCCAAGAAUUUGUUUGGGUCAACAAUUUGCUUUAACUGAAGCUUCUUAUGUUAUUAGUAGAUUGGCACAAUUGUUCCCAGUGUUGGAAUCAAGAGAUGAACAAUACCCUCCAAAUAAAUGUAUUCAUUUGACUAUGAAUCACGAUGAAGGGGUCUUUGUUUCAAUGAACUAA